CGGGUAGUCCCAGGUCGUAAGGUAGAUUCCUUCCGGGGCAGGAGUUUGAACGAUCGCAACCAAACAGUAAGACGAGGAAUCAUUGAACAAUUCCCAUCUAUACAAUGGUAUAGCACCAAAGCGGCUGGUAUAAAAACUGCCUACUGGCGUUGGAGGUUCGACUACUUGCACCGGCUGGUUGUCCGGAAUCCUCCAGCUCCGCCAGGGUCGAGAUAAUCAAUUUCUAUUUUCAAAGGAACGUUAGACUUACCUGUGUAUCUGAGACAGAUCAGCAAAUAGAUAAACUGUAUGGGAUGACUGCUCAAGGAGGGGAGGUGAGAAUGUUAUUUCAUGAUUAGUCGUGCGGCCUGAUUAGUGAACACUCCAACCUGCCAAAUGGGACAUAUAUGUAUCAACUCCGGCGCAUCCCCAUCGACCAUUCGCGCCCCAAAGACCAAGAAUAGCAAAAACCAAGCAAUAGCUAUCAACCACUACGCUCUUGCACCCCCCAAUUCAGAUAUGCCGUUCUGGAGAAUCUACCAUCCCGAAGGCACUUUCGCCACAGAGGAUCACAAACGUGGCCUCUCUCAAGAUAUCACCAGCAUCUACAGCAGCCGCGGCCUCCCUGCCUUCUAUGUUGUCAUCGUUUUCAUCCCCAUCCAUGCGGGUAACUUCUGGGUUGGCGGACAGCUGCGCGACACUCCUCCAAAGUCCGACUCUUCAUCAAUUGCCGAUGGAUCCCCGACAAGCUCGAACAAGCCUUUCAUCCGGAUCUUCGCUAGCAACAUUGCAAGACGGUUGCCGAACCCGGUGUACAGAGACAGAUUCUUGAAAGCGGUGGAUGAGAAACUGAAACCACACAUUGCAGACUGGGGAUAUGACUGGGAAUACCAUUUGGACGAAACGGAGCGCGAGUUGUGGAAGAUCAACGGAAUGGUACCACCACCGACUGGGAGUGAAGAUGAAAAACGCUGGUUUAGCGAGAAUAAACCUCUGGAAUUGGAAAGUGCAUUCAAUGACGAACCAGCGCAUCUGGGCAAGUUGUAAAUAGGACUUGGUAUCGACUGGGACAACUCAGCUCCAGAAUAGUUGAGAAUAUUACCCUAUCAUGACUCGCUUCAACUGGAUAAAAGAGGCGCGCAUCUUCGCAAUACCUUUGCUAGCACCAUCAACGAUAACACGGUAUACUUGAACUAGAGAGCGGAAAAUGG